GCAGGUCAUUAAUGGGUGCUCAUGUUGAGCUGAUGAGAUACAAAGAUGUAUACUCACAGUUAUUUUCUGACCGUCCCUAUAUAUAUAGUCAACUGCACUGUACCUGCUGAGCCGUGCAAUGGUGCUAUAUUGGACUAUGAGAGGUUGAAUGAGACAGUGUUGGAGGGAACAGUGCUGACUUACCAGUGUGACAAUGGAUUCUCACUGACUGGACCCAACACCAUCACUUGCACUAAUGCUGGAGUCUGGAGUACUAAGCCUGAGGCAAUCGUGUGUGUACUUAUGACUGAAGUUUCUACUAUCGCUCCCUUGUUCUCCACUUCUGCAACUGUCGCUAUCAGUGUGGUCAUCACUUUAAUUGUCACUCUAGUCAUUGGAUUCCUCACUGGACUCCUAGUGAUGCAUCUUUUCUCUCGUAAGAAGGCAGUGUACUUCCCGGCAACUGAAGGACAAGCUAACGCAGCGUCCACUACACCAGUUGGUCCUGUUUAUGAGGAAAUGUCACCCAAAGAGGACAUUGAACUCAACACAAACCAGGCGUACGGACCAUUAGGACUGUGACAGUUGUUCACUCUUAAUUUUAAUACAAUAGCAUUCAAUAAUGCGAUCAUUCUGGCAUUUCGUUUGUUUAUAGACCUAUGCAUAGACUCGCUAUAGUUUAAUAUACAUUUGUAGAUAGUGUUAAUU